CCGUUCCCUCGCCGGUGUCCUUUUCAUGUUAGGUUUCCCUGAGCCUCUGACAUAGGUAUGUUUUUACCAUACGUUAUACGCUUUUUAGUGAAAGUCUACCCAGUUACAACAACUGUAUUUGUCUGCUGAAUACUCCAGAGAAGUGCUUAGUAGAUUUCUAGGUAGCUCGCUAACUAGUUAGUAACGUUAGCAAGGAGGCAAGAAUUGGGAGAUACGGGGCAACAAGAGGAGGAGUCCUGUUUUGGAAGAGCUGAUGCCAUGGCCAUAGCCGAGGCAUGGGAGUGACGUGACAGCGCUGGUCCUGCAUCCUAAAAAAACACCUUACCAGCAUCAUGUUUUUUCUGCUGAAUUAGAGGCAGAACGCACAGAGAAUGGAGGAAUCAGUAUUGUUGGAUUUGCUCGAGUGCCCUGUUUGUCUGGAGCGGCUUGAUGCCUCGGCGAAGGUUCUUCCCUGUCAGCACACCUUCUGCCGCCGAUGCCUCCAAGGCAUCCUAGGCUCUCGCGGAGAGCUGCGAUGCCCUGAGUGCCGGACGUUGGUGGAGUGUGCUGUGGAUGAGCUCCCCAGCAACAUCCUCCUUGUGCGCCUGCUGGAUGGGAUCAAGCAAAGGCCUCGAAGGGCUGGUCCUGGAGCAGGAGUCUGCACAAAUGGUACGUCUGGAGCAGUGGCCCGAGCGCACAGCAGUGGUACCAGGGACCAGAGCACACCAGGAGCACAACCCCAGCGAGCUCAGGCCAAGAGCACCCUUGUCCGGGGCAUACCCCAGCUCCCGUGUGCAAAGGCGCUCUACAACUACGACGGCAAGGAACCAGGAGACCUCAAGUUCAGCAAGGGCGAUAUCAUCAUCCUGCGCCGACAAGUGGACGAGAACUGGUACCACGGCGAGAUGGGCGGAGUCCAUGGCUUCUUCCCCACCAACUUCGUCCAUGUUAUCAAGCCGCUGCCACAACCGCCACCUCAGUGCAAAGCCCUCUAUGACUUUGAGCUGAAAGACAAGGAGGCAGACAAGGACUGCCUGCCCUUCUCUAAGGACGAUAUCCUGACUGUGAUCCGUCGAGUGGAUGAAAACUGGGCAGAGGGAAUGCUGGGAGAUAAAAUCGGAAUUUUUCCCAUCUCAUACGUCGAGUUCAACUUGGCAGCUCGUCAGCUUAUAGAGUUGGACAAGCCGUCAGACUCCAGCGGAGACUCUGGCGAGGGGGCCUCCUCAGGGCCCCAGAGCAAUGGUGCCCAGCGGGCAGGGGAGAAGAAGAACAGCAAGAAGCGACAUUCCUUCACCUCUCUCACCAUGUCCCACAAACCCGUGCUAGCUCCUCCUCCCCAGCGCCACUCCAUGGAGAUUAGCGGCCCGGUCCUCAUCAGCUCCAGCAACCCCACAGCGGCUGCUAGAAUUGGGGAGAUCAGUGGGGGGCUUUCCUGCAGCGCACCUUCACAGGUACACAUUUGCACAACUGGACUAAUCGUGACCCCUCCCCCGAGUAGUCCUGUUACUACAGCAACGGUCUUCACAUUUCCCUCGGAGACGAGCUACACGCCCAUCCCUGUGGAUGCUCUCCCACCACCCCCUCCUCCUCCCCCGCAGUCCUCUGUCUGCGGAGCAGCGUAUUCAUUGGCCGCCGGACAGAGACCCUCCCCCAGCAUAAGCGACCAAAGUGGGAGACAAAGACCCACAGUCUAUGUGGCGAUGUUCCCAUAUACUCCCCGUAAGGAGGAUGAGUUGGAGCUGAGGAAGGGAGAGAUGUUUUUGGUGCUGGAACGCUGUCAGGAUGGCUGGUUCAAGGGCACCUCCAUGCACACUGGCAAGAUUGGAGUCUUCCCUGGGAACUACAUGAGUCCAGUCAGCAGGACAGUGUCAGGAAGCACGCAGGCCAAAGUGCCCUUGAGUCUGUGCACUCAGGCUGGCAGGGGGGUCACCAUCAUCAGCCCCUCUUCUGCUCCACUCGGGGCCAUUGUUGCAGGGCCCGACUUCAACAAACCCCUCGCAGUGUGCUCCGGCUCUAUAUCUGCCAGCUCCCAACCUGCAGCUGUGGUCACAGCAGCUCAAACAGCUACGGGCCAGCAGCCAAAAGUCCCACUGCACGUCAGCUCACAGAUGACUGUGAACCAGGCUCGCAAUGCAGUCAGGACAGCUGCAUGUCACAAUCAGGACCGGCCCACAGCAGCAGUGACACCCAUCCAGUCUGCCACACCAGUGACCUAUCUCCCACACCUUGCAGUGUGCCCACAGCCCCCCUCCUGUCCCGCCCAAGGCUGUACCCGGGGUGGUGUGGCAAUGGGCUGUGCCGCUGCAUCCCUGACCCCGCCCAAUGUCAGCGCAGCAUCCCUGGACGGUGACGCUUUGAGACCUGUAACUGUCCUCACUGUGCCUCUUGGUGCUGGAAACAGCUCUGCUCUGAAUCCCGUCUCUACCAACGCAGCACUCGCCUGCAGACUGGACGUCAAGAGAGAAAAGAAAAGCCUUCUCAAGCUUCUGUCCUCCAAUAAGAAGAAGUCUCGUCCUUCACCCCCCUCCUCUCCCACCCUUGAGGCGGAACAGGCUGCUGCUGCUGGAGAGGCGCUACAAGGCGCUGUGGGCCCCGACACCUCCCCUCCCUCUGGCUCUGUUAGCUGCGUGGAGCCCGAACCUGCUACCGCUGUCGCCUCUGCCUCUUCAUCCUCCUCGGCCUCAGACUCCUCCCAUCGUAAGAGCACUCCACUUGACGGAUGCGCUCCUAUCGCUCCUCCUCCUCGCCAGCCGUGCUCCUCUCUUUUAUCUCAGCAGCAUGACGCACGGCCCAUCAUAUGUGAAAGGUACAGGGUGGUGGUAUCAUAUCCUCCCCAGAGCGAGGCUGAGCUGGAACUCAAGGAGGGCGACAUUGUGUUUGUUCACAGGAAGAGGGAAGACGGCUGGUUCAAAGGCACACUGCAGAGGAACGGCAGGACCGGACUGUUCCCCGGCAGCUUUGUAGACAGCAUUUAACACACACACGAACACACAGCACAGCGAUCACCACCACCACCACCAUGACCCAGCUGACUGCUGCUAGCCACCGUAAAAACCAAACACAUCAGCACAAAUGGCAAGGUUGCUGGGGACAGAUGGACGUUUCUCAGAGCCGGCUGCAGCUCUUGUAACUGAAAAAAGAACAGUGGCACAUGAGAGAGAGAGAAGAACAGGACAUGUCAGUGAAAGCACAGUGGACAGAGUUAGACGAGAGCACACGACUCAUGAACUUUUCCUUUUUUGUUGGUUAUUUAUAUCUUUGUAACAAUUCAACUGUUAAAUGUGUGCCUUGUACUGUUCCUCACUUUAUUGUACAUACGGACACAAAGAUGAUUAGUCCUAAAACAACCAGUAUGAACUGUUGAUAUAGAUAUGUUACACAUUUUAACUUAUUUCAUAGAUUGGCCUUUUUUUUUUUUGUAGUGCAGCACAUUAAUGGGUUAAGCUGGCACACGCCUUAUGCCAUAUUCUACCACAUCAAAUAUACUUUUUUACCUUAGACUGCUGAUUUUUCUCUUUUUUUUUUUCAUCAUUUCAAACUGUCAGCAGAUAAGAGAAGGUAUAUCAGAUUCAGCAGAGCAGAACAAAUUAGCAGUGUCAUCAUCACUUGUGCUGUAUAGUAGGAAAAAAGGACACUUACCCCCCCCCCCCAGCUCCUAAAGCAUUACCUUAAACCUGAGAGAUCUGCCGUAUUGCACAUAUGAACGUUGCACAUCGCUGAAUAUUCCUGCGGGGUCGCUCACAGGCCUCCGGAUUGUUUUCUCCCGGCGUGGCUGAAGUUGAAGUGCGAAGGACUCGUUACCCGCGGCGAACAAAUAUUUGCAUGUGAUUAGCAAAGCCAUGGACGAGAGACGAAGUGGCGAUAGAUGUGUUGCACGAUUGUUUGGUUCUGCCUUCUCUUUUUUUUUAAUAUGCAAAAGAAAAAAAAACACACUCCAGAAUAGACAUUGCAGUCAAAUAUCGCUUACUUUUUACCUUCUUUGUAUUUACUGACCAAGAGUAGCUGCUCUCCUACCCCCCCUCCUCGGCAACAGCCAAUCCCAGACGUAGCUCUACAUCACAAGAGCGACAUAACAUUUCAGUAUCGGCAUUGCAACAGGUUCUUUUUUCAGUGUAUAUUUAUAUUUGUUACAAAUUCCACAGAGGCUGAGACCUGCUGCUCUUAAAGAGUCUGUCAUAUAAACUUAACGCAGUAAGGCACACAGGACACAGUCACCCUUUCAAACAGGUUCUCAACUUUUCUAUAUAUUAAAACUCAUUCCUAAUGUGACUCGUGGCAAUAAAACACAGCUAGCUAAAACACAGAAUGUAACUUAUCAUCAUGUCACUCCCUGAGAAGAGGCGUGUGGUGUAAUUCUGUGAUAUCUCAAAAAGUUUUUUUUUUCUUUAAA